AGGGAAGCGAGAUUCAUGGCGUGCUUCCGCUUCAAGCUAUGGUGGAUGGCGCAAAAGAUGGGGAACAGAGGAGCAGAGAUACCCUGCGAAACACAAUUCCUACUUGUGGAGAACAGGCCAGAGAACGAAGAGAACACGGACACCUCAUACUCCGUCUUCCUUCCCAUCCUCGAAGGCCCCUUCCGAGCUUCCCUUCAAGGAAACCCUAACGAUUUCUUGGAUCUAUGCAUCGAAAGUGGCGACGCAGAGAUCUGCACCGCCGACUUUUCCCACGCCGUCUUCGUCGGCACCGCCGUCUCCGACCCCUUCGCUGCAAUCACCGGCGCAGUUGGCGUCGUCAAAUCCCAUCUCAAAACCUUUCGCCUUCGUGAGGAGAAGCGCGUUCCGGCGAUCGUUGAUUUUUUCGGAUGGUGUACCUGGGACGCCUUCUACCAGGAUGUCACUCAAUCCGGCGUCGAAGCCGGUCUUCACAGUCUCAUCUCCGGCGGCGCGCCACCGAAAUUUGUCAUCAUAGACGAUGGCUGGCAAUCCGUUGAAUCCGAUAAAGCAUCUCCGAAGGAAAACUCAUUGCCCCGGCUUAUCGGGACUAAAGAGAAUAACAAGUUCGAGAGUAUGAAAUCCAUGGUUUCGAGGGCGAAGGAGAAGUAUGGGCUCAAAUACGUUUAUGUUUGGCACGCGCUCGCCGGAUAUUGGGGCGGAGUUCAGCCUGGAGCGCAAGGAAUGGCGGAUUUCAAGUCAACCAUUCAGUACCCAAAGAUCUCACCUGGUGUUGCAGAGAACGAGCCAUGGAUGAAAUCAGAUAUACUCACCUUGCAAGGCCUUGGGUUAAUGGACCCUAAGAGUGUUCACAAGUUCUACAAUGAGUUACACAGCUAUCUCGCAGUCAUCGGCGUUGAUGGGGUCAAGGUGGAUGUGCAGUCCAUUCUGGAAACGCUUGGCACCGGCCAUGGUGGUCGAGUGGAGCUUGCGAGACAGUACCACCAUGCACUCGACGCAUCCAUUGCGAAAAAUUUUCGUGAUAAUGGGUGCAUUGCCUGUAUGUGCCACCACACUGAUGCGCUCUACUGUGCGAAGCAGACAGCGGUGGUGCGAGCGUCAGAUGAUUUCUAUCCUAGGGAUCCGGUUUCACAUACCAUUCACAUUGCAUCUGUGGCAUUUAAUAGCGUUUUCCUUGGGGAGUUUAUGGUUCCCGACUGGGAUAUGUUCCAUUCCCUUCAUCCGGCUGGUGAGUUCCAUGCGUCGGCUCGUGCUAUCAGUGGCGGCCCGGUUUAUGUUAGGUGAGUGCUUGGAAACUUUUUUUU